AUGAAUUUGGAGAUGAAUAAUUUUUAUGGCAAAGUCCCUGAUUCUUUUGCAAAUAAUUUGUUAAGAAAUCUUCUCCUCAAUGACAACCAAUUGGAAGGAUUACUACCGCGAUCCUUGGCAAAUUGUAGUUCUUUAGAAGUUUUGAAUUUAAGGAACAAGUUAACUGAUACCUUUCCCUAUUGGUUAAGUUCACUGCCAAGGUUGCGAGUUCUUAUUUUGCGAUCCAAUAGAUUGCAUGGAACUCGGGAACUUAUUUCGCUCCAAGCACUCAACUUGUCUAACAACAACUUGACUGGUCCUAUCCCACCAUCUUUCGGAAACACGAUUGCACUUGAAUCAUUAGAUCUCUCGUCAAACAAGCUUGGUGGUAGAAUUCCUUCCCAAUUGACGAAUCUGACAUUCCUUGCAGUGUCAAAUCUUUCACAAAAUGCUCUUGUGGGACCAAUUCCCCAUGGGAAGCAAUUUGAUACUUUUGAGAAUGAUUCUUAUAGCAGAAACUUGAGAUUGUGUGGCCUCCCACUGUCAAAGCAAUGUGGCAACGAUGAGGAGCCAAAACUGCCGGUACCAAUGCCUAAGGAAGAUGAAGGUUUUGAAAUAGCCUUUAUUUGGAAAGUUGUAAUGAUGGGCUAUGGAUGUGGAGUGGUGUUAGGAUUGAGCAUGGGAUACAUUGUGUUCACAACAGGAAGACCAUGGUGGUUAUCAGAAUGGUUGAGACAGAUUGGCAAAACAUUGUUACUAAGUGGAUUCGCAGAAACAGAGGAAGACGAAACUAGCACUACAUCCACAUCAUGCAUAGGUGAGUUUUUUUUGCCAAAGUAGAAUUA